GUCUAAUGGACGUGUGAAUAAUGGCAGCGUCAGUGACAAGGACGAGGAGAGGCGGACGGAAAGGGGAGGAGGGGAGCUGACAUUAAAGCAACACAACAAGGAAACUCCGCGGCCGCCUUCAUUUUAUCCUCUUCUAUAACAGCACCAGAGGAGGAGAAGCGGCUCCCUGUCUGCCCACCAGAAAAAAACCCCGCACGGACUGAAAGUCAACCGAAAAGCAGCUGCAGGUCUCGCCCGGUCUGCGCCCCGCGACGCGUUCACGGACAUGGGAUCAGAACCACCCAGCUCUCCGCAGGUGGUUGAGGAUGGAGUGGAGGAGGAUGAGGAGGAGCUCAGUGGAGGUGAGGAAGCAGACCUGCGAUCCAGCUCCGGUCGGGGAUCUCUGUUGACCAGGAGAGGCAUCACCCUGCGAGUGCUGCUCAAAGACGGCCUGGUGGAGCCGGGGGAUGGCGUGCUUUCCAUCCACUACCUGGGUAAGAACUUUGUUGGAGACCUGUUGACUGAUGGCAAAAUCCGAUGGGUGGAAACUGGCCAGAUUUUUAACUCCCCCAGUGCUUGGGCAACACACUGUAAGCGCCUGGUCAACCCAGCCAAGAAGUCUGGUUGUGGCUGGGCAUCAGUGCGCUACAGAGGUCAAAAGCUGGUCCAGUACAAAACCAGCUGGCUGCACAAGUACCAGCCCAGUGCCGACAUGAGCCUGGUGAGUGAAGAGGAUGAUGACGAGGAUGAAGAGGAAGGGAAGACGGCUGUACAAGCAGAUGAGAAGAACAAGAACAGCAAACCCGGGCUUCAUGAUAUUGUGGUGUCGCGGCGGACGGACAGAGAGAGAAUUCCUGUCAGAUACUGCACGCUGGGCACCAGGGAUGCUGCCAGAGAUCCACACACGCUUGUGGAGCUGUCGGCCUUCUCAGCCAUUAACAGAUUCCAGCCCUUCAAUGUAGCCGUGUCCAGUAAUGUGCUGCUGCUGAUGGACUUCCACUGUCACCUGACCACUAGUGAGGUGGUGGGAUACCUCGGAGGACGAUGGGAUACUAACACACAACUGCUGACUAUCUUAAGAGCAUUUCCGUGUCGAACCAGGUUGGCAGACAGAGACUCUGCAUCCGCUGUGGAGGAGGAGAUCUGUCAGAACUUGUUCAUGCGUGGGCUGUCAUUGGUGGGCUGGUACCACAGUCACCCACGAGGUCCAGCCCUGCCGUCUCUCCAGGACAUUGACUCCCAGAUGGACCACCAGUUGAGACUGCAGGGUUCAAACAACGGCUUCCAGCCCUGCCUAGGAAUCAUCUGCGGCCCUUAUUACCAUGGCAACCAAGGUGUGGCAUCUACCAUAACCCCGUUCUGGGUUGUACCACCACCUGAGCAACGACCUAAUGACUACGGUAUCCCUGUGGCUGUAGAAGUCACUUACGUACAGGACAACUUUCUUACCAGUGAUGUCCUUAAUGAGAUGAUGCUGCUGGUCGACUACUACAGAGCAGCUCCUGAUCUUGUCCAGUUCAGCCAGUACUGGUGUCCUGAUACAACCAUGAUGGACAAGAUCAAGGGAUCUCUGAGUUGUCACGCCCCAAAAGACCAAGCCUACGCCCAGAUCUUGGAGCAUGUGUACAGUCAGCUGGGCAACAUGCACUGAGUGGAUGCUCUACCAUGUCCCACAGCUUUGAAUGGAUUUGACAGCACUUGUGUAAACCAGCUGGACCAAUGUGUUAUGGUUAGAUUAACACACUCACCAGCUGGCAGAAGCCCCUGAAGCCUGGAUUUCCAAGUAAUGUUCAGUCUUUUCAGCCGUACGUGCUUAACACUCAACUGAAAAUAAGCUGAAAAAGCUACAAGUCCUUCUUGGAAAACAGCUGAUCAGAGCACAGGAGGUUAAAACGUGAAACCAGUUUUUAACCACCGCUUGUCCUCAGAGCCUUGUGCCUCUUGUGUCAGUAUCCUGUGGGACGAGCUGCAUUACUAUAUAAACGGACAAAUACGACGUAAAGCUGCAGAUGCUGUAAAGCGUUUUUGAUCUAAAAUCUACUUUGCAAGUAGUUUGCAGCUCUGUGUGUGGGUGGGGGGGAUUUGCACUGUGGUACAAGUAAUGGACUUGUAUCAACUUUUUUAAAGCCUCACCACAAAGCAGAAAGAGGCUAUAGUGUUGGACAUGUCUGUCAACGGAAAUUUUCUUCAGUCAAACUUGGUGGAAAAACUCGACAUACUGCCUCUCGCAACACGGGUCAUGUCAAGGUCACAGUUCCAAGAUCACGGUCAACUGAGGUCAUCAUCUAUAAUAUCUCAGGAAGUAAAUGAGGUAUUGAAGGUUUUCUGCAGACUUCUCUUCUGGGGCUAAGAAAUGCAUCAGACCUCUGACUUUGAGCGAAGUCCAAACAAGGCACUGCGAUCGUCUGGACGCCUUGUUUAAGUUUAGCAAUCGAAUGAACACGUGUAUGUUCGUAUGUGCUGUACUGCCAGUGUCCUUUUACUGUCUUCCUGUCAGACUGUGUCUUGGACACAAACUUUGUACCUGUACUGUAUUUAUUAGUGUGUAGAUCUUGUGAUUAUGUGCAUGAAAACAGAGAAAUGCCUUAAGCCUGCUGACUGAUGAUACACAAAGCAGUAAAAUAUAAGCACUGGAACUAUUUAAACAU